GUCCUAAAGCCGUCCUUCUCUGCCAACACCAAUCGUAGCGCUUAACUGUAGACGCAGUUAUUUGGGCUUCAUAUCUGGACAUUUUAACUAAUCCUGGAUGCUUGAACAGAGAUAAAAAGUAUCUCACGGAUAUAACUAAAAGGAUGACUUCAUCCCAGCCAGCCUGCCCACCACCUACCAAGCAAGACAUCCCCAUUGCUGAACUGAGUGAGGAGAGCAAAGAGAUGGAGGAGGUAGAGGAGCCCCCUGUCAAAAAGAGAGGCAAAGGCAGACCCCCAAAGAAGUCCAAGCAUUCCUUCAAAUGCUCUGUCUGCCAGGAGGCGUUCAGUAGUCCUUCGGCUCUCAGGAGCCACAAGCUGUCUGCCCACGGUAAGGAGCGUUCGGACCUCAAGCAGCACACGUGCUCUCAGUGCAGCAAAACGUUCCCCAGCAGAGCCCAGCUGUCCAAGCACCAGCGCUCUCACUCUGCCCAGCGGCCUUUUCAGUGCGAUCAGUGUCACAAGGCUUACAAGACUCCGACGGAGCUGCGCAACCACAGCCGCUCCCACACGGGGGAGAAGCCGUUCGUCUGCACGGAGUGCGGGAAGGCCUUCAUGCAGGCCAUAUGCCUCCGCAUUCACAUGACGCAGCACAGCGGCGAGCGGCCGUAUUCUUGCCCUAAUUGUGCCAAGAACUACCCUACCCUGUCCAAGCUGAAGGUGCACCUGCGCUCUCACACGGGGGAGAAGCCCUACCUCUGUGCUGAGUGCGGGAAGAGCUUCGCCGACCCCUCUGUGUACCGGAAGCACAGGCGCAACCACCAGGGCCACCGGCCCUACUCCUGUGACCAGUGCGGUAAGACGUACACCGAGCUGAAAGACCUGAAGAACCACGAGCGGUCGCACACGGGAGAGAAGCCCUACCUGUGCUCAGACUGCGGCAAGGCCUUCUCGCGGUCUUCUUCCUUGGCCUGCCAUCUCCGCAUCCACUCGCAGAGCAAGCCCUACCAGUGCGAUCAGUGCGGCAAAGGCUUCACUCAGCUCAGCUCGUAUCAGUCUCACCUGCGCACCCACUCCGGCGAGAAGCCCUUCCUGUGCCCCCAGUGCGGUAAGAUGUUCUCUGAUCCGUCGAGCUUCCGUCGGCACCAGAGGGCCCAUGUGGGAUUCAAGCCCUACCCCUGUGACAAGUGCCCCAAGAGGUUCAGGCAGCCCGCCGACCUGGCCGUGCAUCAGCGGGUGCACUCGGGGCAGCGUCCCUACAAGUGCCAGAGCUGCGACAAGGCCUUUGUGGCGUCGUGGGACCUUCGACGCCACAUGCUGGUCCACACGGGCCUGCGGCCGUUCUCCUGCGCCGAGUGCGGCAAGUCGUUCGCCGAGCGCUCCAGCCUCAACAAGCACCGCCGGGUGCACUCGGGGGAGCGCCCGUUCAAAUGUGACCUGUGCUUCAAGUCGUUCGUGGUCUCUUCCAGCCUCCGGAAGCACGAGCGCACCCACCUGGCCGACAGGCCCAUGCCCCACCCGCAGCAGGCGGUGCCCGAGACGGUAGCGGCUGUCUUCCCCGCCCACACCUCCCUCCCCCAGUUCUCCUGCUCGCACUGUGACGUCACCUUCGGAACGUGGGAGGAGGUUCAGGCCCAUGAGCGGCUCCACGACGCCUCCCCCACUUCCAGCACCGUGGCCCCCCUGCCCGCCGGCCCGCACGCCUGCGUCAUCUGCCAGGAGGAGUUUGUGCUGCUGUCGGACCUGCAGGCGCACGAGAAGCUGCACCCGGAGCUGCGGCCACACAUCUGUGACAGCUGCUGCAAAGGUUUUGUCAACAAAGCCGGGCUACGGAAACACCAGCGGAUCCACUCGACCAACCGCAGCCACAUCUGCCCCCACUGCAGCAAAGCCUUCCUUUUUGCCGGCUACCUCCGCAAGCACCUGCGCACACACCGUGACCCUCUGCCCACCUCCCCGCUCACUGACUCACACGGAGCACACGAGGAACUCCUUUCCUCGCCUCAUCCACCUCCAGCCAUCGACGUUUCCUCAUCCGCUCUAGAACCUGGUUCCAUUUGUCUAACUAUUCCGGUGACUAUCCCUGUAACAGUUCCUGUGACUUUUCAGACCACACCUAUGUUUAUUGACAAGGAAGAUGUACUCUGAAAAUAGUUUUUUGGUUGGAAGGAAUUAUUACUCAACUACCAGAGGGGCCUUGAAUAUCUUGUGCUUCGAAUACAUUUUAUUUGAAGCCCCAGCAGUAAUAAACAAGAAAAAUGAUGUGCAUAUAAAAAAGCAAACAAAAUGAGGGGUAAAAUAAAAGAAGUACAGAUGUCACAAAACAGAAUGAAUAACUGAAAUCAUGUUUAUUAUUAUUUCAAACCUGGCAUCAGUCAUCAAGUUUCAAAUGUCAUUUUCAUGAUUUGUUCAUAAUAACAUGUAUACAUUGUGUUAACUACUAGUCAUGCUUUUACAGUAAAGUCAUUUCUGUCC